AUGGUUACAUGUGAUCAUAACUAAGACAGGUAUAGCUAGAUAGUAUGUUAUGGGAAUUUGUGUAUUUUACGAUGUUUGAUUCUUGCUUGGUACUAAAUUAUAAUCUAAACGCUUCAUCGACACCAAGAAUCUGACCAAAAAGAUGCUUCUUAGAUGAUGAACUGGGAAAUUCUACUCUGACCACAAGAAACAACAAAACAAAGCAAACUCGCGGCCAUGUCUUACUUAGAGGAGGGAAUACCUGAUCUCCAUCUAAGCAUUGACUGUGGUGAUAAUUCUGUCAGACAACAGACCGGUCACAUCCCACCUGAGAAUGUUGAUCCUAUGCAGAUAACUGAAUAUGUGACUUCUGACACACUAUAUCUAAGUAGAAGAAAAUUAAAAGAUAUUGAGGAUAGCAUUUUGAAGACCCAUAUGUUAAAGAAUUUGUAUCUCGAAGGUAACCAAAUAUCCAGUCUUCCGGAUUCUCUGUUCACCUGUUUGUCAAAUUUGGUGUGGUUAGACCUCAGAAAUAACCAAAUCACGGCACUUCCUGCGGAAAUUGGUCUCCAUAGGUCUCUGAAAACAUUGCUGUUGGAGGGAAAUCCAAUCAAGGAGCUACCAUUAGAAUUGGGUACUGUAAUCACUCUCAGGGCCCUGAGUCUGAGGCAUUGCCCCAUUGUUUUCCCACCUCAAGAGAUUGUGGAGCAGGGACUUCAGUGCAUCCUUCAGUUUCUAAGGGGUGCCAUGGUUGUAAGACCAGUCAGUGUGCGGAACCCUCUUCCAGACAUGCCUCCUGUGGAGAAGCUGCAGUUGGCAGAACUUGUCAAGUCCAGUCUGGACCUGUGUGAGGAGGUGGUGAAUGAGGAUGAGAUGCGCCGGUUCAAGGAACUCAAACAGAAGAUGAUCCAGAUGGACAGGGCUGAGUCUGACUAUGGGGCAGCAGCACCACCCCUGGCAUGUGUGCCCAGGGCAGCAGAGGGAGAGAAAGGUCACAAGACAUACCCUCUGCCUGUUGUCAAAAGAAACAAAGAUAUUACCAAAGCGGGCAUAUUUCCCGAGCACCCUCCAUUUGACACGCAGUACUGGAAGAGGUCAGAGGAGAGAAGACUGGCUGCAAUGAAAGAGCUUAAAGAGAAACAAGCCAUUUUAGAACAGAGGAGGAAAGACCAAGAGCUCCUGCGGGAAUGGCGCACUCACGCAAAAACGAUGCAGGAAAGGAAAAUCUUGGAGCACAAGCAGGCAAGGCUUGAGAGACAAAGAAAAGAAGAGGUUUCACAGAAAGCUCCAUAUGCCACAGAUUCUCUCGUUCAUGACAGUGUUGAAGUCAAUCCUGGAAACACCCAACAGAGACAACAGAACCAGAGGUCUCAGAAGGAGGCUGAGGAGACCAGAGCGGCACGAGACCGGGAGCUGGAGCACCGAAUCCGAAUUCAUGUUCAGAUGAUGCAGGAAAGACGCAGGAGGCCCAGGGGCACAGUGGAAGAAGAGACAGCAGCUGCCAGGCUUGACAUGGAGGAGGCCAAGAAGUUGCAGGAGGAACUUGUUGCAAGGAAACAAGAGAAAGACCUGGAGUAUAGAUUCAUUGCAUAUACUGGGGAGAGCUCACCAAGAUGACAUGACAAGUGCAGUUUUGAUGUGCUGCCUUAACAAAUGUGUUGCUUCCAUGUUGGUUUUAUAAA